CUGUUAUUGGAGUAGAUAGAGAAACACCCGCACCGCCUGCUGCUCUUAACUUGGUGCGUAAACGGUUUACGCUUCAAUCACCUUCUUGGCUGCAGCAGGAUUGAGGCUUCCAAACAGCGCACAGGGCGAGUGGUCAGAACCUAGCUGGUGAGUGAAGAUGAUUCCUGUGCUGAUCUGGGCUUUGAUAUCACUGAAUGUAGCAGAAAAUGACUUAGAUGCUCUGUACCCUGACCUGGAGCAUUCGAGAACCAUUUAUGUCACAGAAAAUGGCCCCCAACUGUCAGUGGUAGCAGAAAAAACCAAAGUGGUGUCGAGACGAGGGGGAAAUGCUACUUUACCAUGCACGAUUCUAAGGGACCAAACACUGGCACAAAACCGUAAGAUGCGGAUCAAAUGGACCAAGCUGACCUCAGACUAUCUAAAAGAGGUGGAUGUGUUUGUUGCCAUGGAUUAUCACAAAAGGAGUUAUGGCAGAUUCCAUGGACGUGUCCACCUACAAGGUUCUUCGGCCAUGGAUGCUUCUCUAGUCAUUACAGAAAUCACUUUGGAGGAUUAUGGGAGGUAUAAAUGUGAAGUCAUUGACGGACUGGAAGAUGGAACAGCAGUAGUGUCACUGGACCUUGAAGGUGUUGUCUUCCCAUACUACCCCCGCUUGGGACGCUACAACCUUAAUUUCUACGAUGCAGAGCGGGCGUGCCACGAUCAGGAUGCUAUCGUGGCAUCUUUUGACCAGCUGUAUGACACAUGGCGUGGAGGGAUGGACUGGUGCAAUGCUGGCUGGCUGUCUGAUGGCACAGUCCAGUAUCCCAUCAACACCCCCAGAGAACCCUGUGGUGGCAAGAACACAGUGCCAGGCAUUCGGAACUAUGGGUUGAGAGACAAGGACAAGAACCACUAUGAUGUUUUCUGCUUUACCUCCCACUACAAAGGUCGCUUCUACUACCUGAUACAACCCUUCAAGCUGACCUAUGAUGAGGCAGUCAGGGCAUGCCAAAAAGAUGGUGCUCAAAUUGCCAAGGUUGGCCAGAUGUAUGCUGCCUGGAAGCUGCUGGGCUAUGACCGCUGUGAUGCAGGCUGGUUGGAAGAUGGCAGUGUCCGUUACCCCAUCUCCCACCCGCGCCGGCGCUGCAGUCCCACUGAAGCUGCUGUUAGGUUCAGUGGCUUCCCUGACAAGAAGCAUAAGCUGUAUGGAGUGUAUUGUUUCAAGGGCCACAACUGAGCCACAACACACAUCCAGCAAACAAUUACAUACACUAACAUGCAUCAACACAUACAAUAAUGAGCAUAAUAAUUGAGAGAGAAAAAACAGAGAAAAAAGCACAUUCAAACUGUGAUAGUUUUUUUUUUUUAAAUAAAAACCUUAAGAUGUUUUAUCCAGACCGAUUCAUGUUGUGCUUUGUAAACUGGGACCUUAUAUUCUACAAGGGAUAGUUUACACAUAUUUAAGGUUUUUAUUAUUUAAUCAAUGCCCUUCAGAGAGGUGGGCACAGGUUGUGGGGAUUAGAUAACCUACAGCUACAGACAUACUGUCAUUUACAAAUGGACUAGGCUCGUCAAAGUCUGAAAGUCUGAAAGUCUGAAGCGUAACUAAUCCAAUCUCUGCUGUUCAAUGUUAACAAGGUGCUAAGACAGGUACUUUGUAAAUCAUCCUACCACCCAGUGUUUUAUUUUUUUAUACAAACGUGAUGAACCAAACACUAGUCUCAUCACCAAAAUGAAAAAGAAAUCAUUUAACUGUUAGCAUUGUUUAUGUUUUCUAAGUAUUUAGAAUGUGAUAAUCUAGAAAUGUAUUUCUGUUAAUGACUAUUUUUUGAUAUACUGUAGAAAUAUUUAGAAUAUAAUUUUUAUCUUUCUGGUCAAACUAUCCAAGUCUAUUGGGUUUACAUGAAACAUACAAUAACGGUGGAAAAAAACACCACAAAAAAUGAUUUUGCACUGAAUUUACAGAAUAUGAUGCAUAGAGGAGAGACAGCAGUUUGCUCUUUGCAGCAAUACAGAAUGCCUGGCAUGAAAAAAUACUUUGCAGUGCUAGAGUACGUUUUGUUCUUCAGAGCAUGCCUUGACUUCAACAGCAAAAUCGCUAUUAGAGUAUAGCUACUCUUGCUAUCUAUUUAGCGCCUUAUAGACUGCUAUUUUUGAUACAAAUGCCAUAGAUUCUUCUAGCUUAUUACCAGAGCCAGGCUUUGCCCUGCUUGUGACUGAUAUUGCUCAUUAGCCCAGCAAUCCCAGUGCAACCUAAGAGGACAAUCAAAAAAAUCCUGUUAUUCAGUUGUGGGUUUGACCUUCAGCAUGUGUUUGUAAUAUCAUAAAAAUCUGCUUUCUGCAUACAGUGUUGCUUGACCUUUAAAUCAAAUUUUUCUACUGCAUUCCUCUCCUAUGAUGGUGCUAGGCUGCUGUUAACUAGAAUUGUAGCUAGCAUUGGAAAAUUUAGAUUUAAAUCCAGGUUAUGCUCAGGUUUAUGUUUGAUCUAUUUUAGUCAACAAAAAAGCAAAACAAUAAAAAGAAAUAAAUAUUAGUCAUGUCACAAAAGCAAAGAUUUAGUUGUUUGUACCACUGAAGUUCUUUGUGCCAAAUGCAAAGAAAAAACCAAAAUAGUGACUGUUAGUAUGCUAACAGACACACAUGGCCAAUGACUACUACUCACACUGUGGAGUGUCAGCCUAAACAAGACUUGCAAACUUUUUGGACCCAAAAAUCUACCCUCUCUUUAACAAGUCAUAUAGUAUUGAUGCUUUGUGUGUGGGGGGGA